AUGCUCGCACUCCUCGCUCUGCCUUUGAUCGCUUUAUUUUGCACCAGUGCCAGAGCCGCCUUCGGUUGGUCACAGGAAAAUGGACGCACUCGAUUGAUAGGAACCUCCUUUGGCAUCCUUGGUAAAGACUACACUUUUGAUUACGUAAAGGUCGUGGGAGGGGGCACGGCAGGCCUCACGAUCGCCUCGCGACUUGCGGAGAAUCCUAGUAUCUCUGUCGCGGUCAUUGAAGCCGGAGGCUUCUAUGAGCUUGACAAUUGCAACAUCUCCCAAAUACCCGCCUAUGGUCCCGAAUAUUCUACUUCCAACACAAAAGACCCGCUCUCAAUACAGCCAUUGGUUGACUGGGGAGACAUUACCAUACCUCAGCCACAAUUGGGCGGCCGUCAAAUUCACUACGCGCAAGGGAAGUGUCUCGGUGGAAGCUCUGGCCGUAACUACAUGGGCUACAAUCGGUAUAUGAAUUUCCCCAUUCGUCAGUCAUUCCUAAUUGAUGAUGAAAACAGUGGAACACUCGGAACCUACCAUCGUUGGGCGGACCAACUAGGUGAUCAAAGCUUCACUUUCGAGAAUCUUCUCAAAUACUUCCAGAAAAGCCCUCAAUUUACCCUUCCAAUACGCCCCGAAGGAAGCCAAGUGAAUGUUGACCAGGCCGCUUUCAGUCCGACUGGAGGACCGCUGCAGGUUUCUUACUCGAACGAAGUCAAGCCGUUGACCAAAUUCGUAGAACAAGCAUAUCUGCAACUUGGUAUAAGGGCCAUUCCAGGCCAGAAUAGUGGCCGUCUCAUUGGGUAUGCCGAAUUUGCACUGACCCUCGAUCAAAAAGCUGGUGGGCUUCGAAGCUCGUCUGAGUCGUCGUUCUUACAACAAGCCAUUGCGGACACACCUUUACUAGUGUACAAGAACACCUUAGCCAAGCAAAUACUAUUUGACGACAACAAGAAAGCUAUAGGUGUGAAGGUAGACACGGCUGGUGUUGGUUACACUCUUACGGCUCGUCAAGAGGUCAUUUUGUCUGCAGGCACCUUUCGGUCCCCUCAGUUAUUAAUGGCCUCUGGUAUCGGUCCUUCUGCGACAUUGAAGCAGAUUGGCGUUCAAGAGCUGUCCGAUCUACCUGGCGUCGGGCAGAAUCUCCAGGACCAACCCUACUUUCAAAUCCUUUACAAAGUCAAUCUCACUACCAAUUCGGAGCUAUUCUUCGAUCCUGAGUAUGUGAUAGAGGCCACUGAAGAGUUCUUGACCGAGCACACAGGGCCGUUGACCAGCGAGGGAGAGACUUUAGUCGCAUUUGAAAAACUUCCAAGCCAUCUCCGAAGCGGCCUCAGCAACAGCACCAUAAAAGACAUCUCUACCUUCCCGAGCGACUGGCCUGAUGUUGAGCUCCUAGUUCAAGCCUACAACACAACGGCAGUUCCCACGCGGGGCAACUACGCUUCCUUCGGCGUUGCAACCCACACACUGACCUCUCGAGGUAACGUUACAGUCAAGUCUGCCGACACAGCGGAUAGACCGCUUGUGAACCCUGCUUGGCUCUUCACCAAGACAGAUCAAGAGCUCGCCGUCCAGGCGUUCAAGCGUGCUAGAGAAGUUGCGAAGGCUACUCGUGUCACUGUUGGGGCAGAAGUGAUACCUGGUCCUCAGGCACAGAGCUAUGAGCAGAUACUGGACUACAUCAAGAGUAGCGUGGACCCUUUCAGGCAUGUUGCUGGUACUUACGCACUCGCAGAGAAAUUUGCCGACGAGAUCCUCAGUGGAAAGAAGAAUCAUAAGCGACAGCAUAUUCGAGGUCGUAAUGCUCUUGUUGCACAUGCCAAAUCGUGA